AUGUCUACGGCCUCAAACGCCAAGGGCCACGUAUUUUUCCAGAAGUCUGAUGUUACAAAGGGCAAAUUUACGUUCUCGGCGGAGGAUGAUGAAACUUUCGAUGUGUGUUUCCGGUGUACCGCCGCCCGAGAAGUCUACUUGGAUAUCAAGCAGGGAGUCGAGACAAAAAAUUACGCUGCACUCGCUGAAGCUGAAAACCUUAAACCCGUUGAGGCUGAAUUAAAGAGGAUUGAGUACAUCAGCGACUCGAUUGUGAAGGAUUUUAUUUCCAUGCAUUCCAGAGCAGAUGCAAUGCGUAACAUCAAUGCCUCAACGCAUAGCCGUGUGCUCUACUUCUCAAUCUUUUCAAUGCUCUGCCUUGUCGCCCUCGCUACUUGGCAAGUACUCUAUCUGCGGCGAUACUUCAAGUCAAAGAAACUCAUUGACUAA